GUCUCUCUCUGUUUCUCUGACUCUCUCCCUCUCUAAAAGCACAUCCUCACUUGUCUAUAAAGCCUUGAAACGAAAACCUCACAGAAGCAGUGCCUUCUUUUGUUUUUUUUUUUUGGUAAAGUAGUUUACCACCCAAAUGUCCCACCACUCCGCUCCUUUCCCUUCCUGCUUCCGCCCCUCCUCCACCGCCGGGGACCACAUUAACCGCUUUCCUCCGACCCAUCCACCGUCGUCAUCCGCCUCGGGAAACCCCACCGUCAACACCUGCCUCUACCAGACCGAUCUUGGGAUCUUUUCCGUUACUUGGUCCCGCACAAUACUUGGCCACUCACUCCACCUCUACCUCCACCCCAUUGACUCCGCCAGAAACGGCGGUUCCUCUCCCAUGUAUCUCUCCGACCCACUUUCUCUCUCUACCCUGUAUUUUCAUCUCCACAUCAAGCCCUUCUGUUUCUGGAAAAAACAUGGAUCCAAGAAACUCAAUUUUAUCAACCAAGAAAAUAGGAAGACUAGAAGACCAACAGUUCAAAUAUUUUGGGAUCUUAGUAAGGCGAAGUUCGGAUCCGGAGCCAGCCCAGAACCACAAUAUGGAUUCUAUAUAGCCGUGGUUGUUGACGGCGAAAUGACGCUCCUCGUCGGCGAUUUGACCAAGGAAGCUUAUUCGAAGGCCAAAGCGAAAAAGCCGGAGAGAAAUCAAGGUCUCGUUCUACGAAGAGAGCAUUUGUUCGGAAACAGAGUUUACACUACAAAAGCGAGAUUUGGGGGCAAGAACAGAGCAAUUUCGAUCGAUUGCAGUGUCGAGGGUGACACUAGAUUGUGUUUCAGUGUUGAUAACAGAAGGGUUUUGUUAAUUAAGCCUUUGAAGUGGAAAUUUAGAGGGAAUGAAACGAUCGAAGUCGAUGGUGUGCCUGUACAGGUCUCUUGGGAUGUGUACAAUUGGUUCUUCGACGAAUUCAAAAAUGGUCAUGCUGUGUUCAUGUUCAGGUUUGAAGAAGAAGAAGAAGAAGAAGAAGAAGAUAGUGAGAAAAAAAUAGAAGCUUGUAGGGUUGAAGGGAAUGAGAAGAACGGCGUCAUUUCUUGGCAGCAAAAUUUGGAGUGGAGGAAAAUGAGGAAGAGCUGGUUGAGGACUGCGAGGAGCUCGUCUUCGUCGUCGAUGUCUAUUUCUUCAGCGUCGAACUCCUCCUGUAGCUCGUCCGUGAUGGAGUGGGUGGACGCGGAUGAUGCUGAGUCAAUUAGGCCCAACAACGGCUUCUCUUUACUGGUUUAUGCAUGGAGGAAAUGACGACAUUAAUGAAUUCUUCUAUACCCAUUAAACGAUGUGGUUUCCGAAUGUGCUCUCAAACCCAUUUGUUUUUCUAUUGACAUAUUAUAUUCUGAGCGAAAAAUUAGAAUAUAGAUUAGAAAUCAAGGAUUCUUCUUCAUUGUAAUUAUGAUUAUCUAGCCAUUGAUGAAUCAAAAAGUAGCAGGAAUUUUUCUGAGUUCGUUGAGAAA